AUGCAAUUUCGAAUUUGGAAUGUUUAUCGACGUGUGGUUGAAAAAUUUGAAAAAUACAUCGAGUUGAAAAUUGCAAAUGAUCAAGACUAUUUGUUUGAUAAACGUUAUGAAACAAAUACUCCCUGGAUUAGAAACGUCACAGAGGUGAAAACUCUUUUCCAUGUCUAUAAAACUUUGACACAAUUAUUUAUUACCAAAGAUGGAAUUAUGUAUAUUCCCAAAUAUAAUCAGAAUGACAUACAUUCACAGCUUGAAACCAUCAAAGAUUGCAUCACUCAACAUUUAUCUUUAUAUUCAAAAUUAUUUAACAAAUUUCACAAGGACAUGACUCUAUUCGAAAUGUAUAAUCAAAUUCUUCAUUUCGAAAUCCAACAAUUAACAUGUAAUUUUUGGAAAUUUAAUAACCAACCACUAGUUCGGUUACGUAGCUCUACAAAACCCAUACAAAAGGAUUCAAAAUCCUUGUUACCUCUUCACAUUGCCUUUCACAUGGAUGAUGAAUUAAUGAACGAUGAAAAUUAUGAUCGACAUAAUUUACUUCGAGAUUUUGAAUAUUACAUCUAUUCAGAAGCUGGUCCUCUCAUACCUUAUUGUAGUUUAACAAUUUCUCAAACUAUUAUUCAAGGAUUGAAUUGUCGCUUAAAAUUUGCACGCAAUGAAUCAAACACUGAGAUGAAUUUCAAGAACACAUUUUUCAAAGAAGGAAAUUAUUGUGAGAAAAUUGAAGAGAAUUUGGAUGAAUUGUGGAAGAAUCGCGAUGCUCUUUAUUUCAGUGAUGCAGUGAUAUUUUUAUUUGAUUCUAUGAAAUUGAAAGAAAUCAAGUCAGAGAUCAACCUUGACACAUUGGAAACCGUUGAGUUAUUACCUUGCUUACGUCGGGUGAUUUUACAAUAUCCUUUUUCUCCCAUUGUUCUCGUGCUCUCAGAUAUUUAUACUGCCAACGAGUUUGAGAAUCAAAUUUCUCGUACAUUAUUGAACUUUCCUCAUGUCACUGGUGUUUAUGAGUAUGCACAAGAUAGAACAGUAUUGGAGGUGGCUUGUAACAGUGCAUUGUAUGGUUUGAGGAGCUGUGCACAGUUGCAUGUUGACCUCACGCAACAACGAAAAACAUGUGAAUUGCAGUAA